AGCUCACGGAGUAGGAGGUGGGGAAGUUUUCGUGAUUCAGGAUUGGAGAUUUGGAAAUCAUGUCCCCUUAUGUUUCCUCAGAAGUGUGAGAGGAGUGCAUGUUUUGAAGCUAGAGGGGUCUAACUGUAAUUUCUCAAUUAAGAUAAGUAAUUCAAGCAGCUACAAAUUUGUUGAUUUAUAUAAAACUAAGAGAUGGUACAAUCAUAAAUUUGUGUAGCGGAUACCAGGUGUUUUUAUUGCAAGGUUUCUUGAACAGUCUGUAGAGACUUGCUUGUUUUUGUUAUAAUGAUGAGCAUAAACUUGAUUUUGGUCUAAAAAAUUUUUGGCAGCUGUAAGCAGAGAAUGAAAGAAAUUUUUUGUUCUAUGUUAUUUCAAUUUCUUGGCACCUAUUAUAAACAAGAAAAAUUUCCUAAAUCCAGACCUUAGAAUCUGGUAAAUUACAAGAAAUUAAGAAACUAGAAAUUAGGAAAUAAUUACAAGAAACUAGGAAGCUAAAAAUAGGAAAGAAAAUAGGAAAUGAUAUCCCUAAACAGACUCCUUCAAAUCUGGAACAUAAUCUGAAAAAUAAUUUGAAAUAUUAUCCCUAAACUUACUCCAAGUCUGGAAUAUAAUCUGAAAAAUAAAUUAAAAUAAUAUCCCUAAACUGACUCCUUCAAAUUUGGAACAUAAUUUGAAAAAUAAAUUGAUGAGCUGUCAACACUCCCCCUCAAGCUGGUGAAUAGAUGUUGGUCAUUCCUAGCUUGUCUACCAGCAUUUUAAAACUUGAUCUAGAUAGCCCUUUUGUUAGCACAUCUGCUAUCUGCUAUUUUGUAGGCACAUAUGUCAUGCAAAUUAUCCCAUCUUCAAUCUUCUCUUUUGAUAAAGUGCCGGUUUACCUCAAUGUGCUUUGUUCAGUCAUAAUGAACCGGAUUAUGCGCAAUACUUAUUGUGGCCUUAUUAUCACAAUAUAGCUUCAUAGGAUCCAUACUAGGCAUUUUCAAUUCUUCCGUUAGCCUCUUUAACCAAAUCAGCUCACAAGCUCCCUGCGCAAGAGCUCUAAAUUUUGCCUCUGCACUACUACGGGCCACAACAGACUGCUUUUUGCUUGAUUCAUGAUGGCUGGAGCUAUUGACAAUAACAUGAUAUUUUUGGAUUUAUUGAAUAGGAGAACUUUAAUCUAUGCGGUUGGUCAAGAUGCUGAGAAAUCUUUCAAGGCAACUGUGGAAGUAGACCGGCUAAUUGAUUUGUUGAGGGAUUCGACUUCUAGAGAACUUGAGAAGCUUGUUGUUGAAAAUGUUUUGGCAUUCAAUGAGAAUUUCUGGAUCCGGCUUGCUGCUAGAACCGACACAUGCAAAUCAGAUGAUGAUAAAAAGGACUAUGAUGAAUUGGCUGUUUCUCUAAUGAGUAUGGUUGACCGCCUGGUUCAUAAAACCAAUGAGAAGAUAGAAUCUGCGACCGAUGUUCUUAAGACAAUUUUAAAUCCUGUAAUGGAUGAAGUUGAAGAGAUUUCAUGGCCUCCAAAAGAUCCUAAGUCUCUUAUUUUGAUGGAGAAGGAAUUAGUUAAAAGGGAACAAGAAGGACAACUAGAUGAGGGAUUUCUUUCGGAGGUCAAUGCCCAAUUGCGGCAAGCAAAAGAAGAUGGGGAUAAGCCUGGCCUGGAGGCAAUGUUGCAAAAAGUCUUGCAAGUAUAUGCCUCCAAAAUUCUUCGAAAACGUAGUUAUGCAUACAAAGGUGAAGUUUUGGCAGCAGAGAAAUUGCUCGAAUCUAUAAUCGAAGCCCCUGAAGACAAUUGGAAUAUGUUAUUGAUCAAGGGACUCAGUGUUGGAAAAGGAGAAGUUUCGCCUGAGGAAUUUUAUGCUGUUAUUAAGAAACGAAUAGAACGGAUCUUAAUUCGCACAGAAGGAGGUUCUUAUCAGCAGCGUAUCCUAGUUGAGUAUCUUAAAGGCAUCAAGUCGAGAAGCGAGGAAAUUGUCCAAGCAGUUCAAGGGCCACAACAAUAAAGUUUGGGGCAUCUGAUUAAAUGCCUACCUACAGAUGCAGGUAUGGCAGUAACAAGAUGGGGAAACAAAGGAAAGGGAAAAAGGGCCCGUUCAUUUUGAUCAUGCUUGAAACAUCUCAUUUAGGACCUUGGGUUAGAAAAUAAUUUUGUAACCACUUUUACUGUUAACUGUUACCAGAACUAACAGCAGCUAUAUCAACAUAUGAUGUUUAAUUAUUUACAAAGCCAAAUGUUCCAUAGCUUAAA